AGGUUUAAUGGUACUUUCAGCAUGUCGGAGUAGCGUCUUCUAAAUCCAAAACAGCUCGAGUUGUGUCAGUAGAAAAUGAUCCAAACGACCCAACCAUUGGUUUCUUAUUGGAUGGGAUGGUCCGGCUUUGCUGUCUGGUCCGCAAGUAUAUUGCAGCCAUUAGAGGCUAUGCCUUAUCAUACCUAUCAUCCUGUGCUGGUAGAAUCCGUUUCCUGCUUGGCACUCCUGGAAUGGUGGCACUUGACCUAGAUGCUACCUUAAAGGGACUUUUCCAAAGAAUUGUUCAACAUCUAGAGAACAUACCAAAACCUCAGGGAGAAAACAUUUCUACAAUCUCAUGUGAUUUAUCGGAGUUACGCAAAGAUUGGUUAACUGUGUUGAUGAUUGUCACUUCUGCUCGUUCAUCAAUCAACAUUAGACAUUUAGAGAAAGCGACUGUAUCCACUGGCAAAGAGGGGUUGCUGUCAGAAGGCAAUGCUGCAUACAAUUGGUCCAGAUGUGUUGAUGAGCUUGAAACUCAAUUAACAAAAUUUGGGGGUUUGAAGAAACUGUACUUCUACCAUCUACAUCUUACAACCGUUUUCCGCAACACCAUGUUUGGGCCCGAGGGUCGUCCCCAACAUUGCUGUGCUUGGCUUGGUGUUGCUAGCAGUUUCCCGGAAUGUGCUUCAUCAAUUGCCCCAGAGGAGGUGACUAAAAUCGGCCGUGAUGCAGUUCUAUAUGUUGAGUCUCUUAUUGAAUCUAUAAUGGGAGGAUUGGAAGGUUUAAUUAAUAUUCUUGACUCUGAUGGAGGAUUUGGUUCCCUGGAGAUGCAGCUUCUCCCAGACCAAGCAGCGAAUCUCAUGAACUUGACAUCCAGAUUAUCCAUUCCUUCAGCAAAGUCUCCGAAGGGUUCAUAUGGUUUUCAUUUACCAGGCUAUGAGAGCUAUCCAGAAAAUAACAGCUCCAUCAAAAUGUUAGAAGCUGCAAUGCAGAGGUUGACAAAUCUCUGUUCUGUCCUGAAUGACAUGGAGCCUAUAUGUGUUUUAAACCAUGUUUUUGUCCUCAGAGAGUAUAUGAGAGAAUGCAUCCUAGGGAACUUCAAAAGGAGAUUGCUCACUGUCCUGAAAACUGAUUCCGAUCUUCAGAGACCAUCAGUCUUAGAGUCACUAAUCCGUAGACAUACUUCCAUAGUUCAUCUAGCAGAGCAACAUGUCAGCAUGGACCUCACCAAUGGCAUUCGUGAAAUUCUCCUUGCAGAGACCUACUCAGGUCCCGUUUCAUCUCUACAGUUGUUUGAAAAACCCGUGGAACAGCAGACAGGCUCAGCUACUGAAGCUGUAUGCAAUUGGUACAUAGAAAACAUUGUUAAGGAUGUGGCUGGUGCCGGAAUCCUAUUUGCACCUCGUCAUCGAUGCUUUAAGAGCACGAGGCCAGUUGGUGGAUACUUUGCCGAGUCAGUAACCGACCUCACGGAACUGAAAGCCUUCGUUCGAGCUUUUGGGAGCUACGGAGUUGACAGGCUGGAUCGGAUGCUAAAAGAGCACACUGCAGCUCUCCUGAACUGCGUUGACACAACAUUGCGUGCAAAUCGUGAGAAUCUGGAGGCAGUUGCAGGGAGUAUGCAUUCUGGUGAUAGGAUAGAAACGGAAGCGAAUAUUAAGCAGAUAGUUGAUAUGGAUACGAUGGUUAGGUUCUGCAUCCAGGCGGGGCAAGCCAUUGCUUUUGAUUCCCUUUUGGCUGAAGCUUCAGGUAUUGUUUUAAAAGAAGGCGCUCCUCUGAUUCAUUCGCUGCUAACGGGUGUUGCAAAUCACUUACCUGAUGAAAUACCGGAAAACAAGGAGAUCAGGAGAAUGAGAAGAGUAGCGAACUCUGUAAAUGUGGCUGGUGAUCACGACUUCGCAUGGAUCAGAUUGAUACUGGAAGAGGUCGGGGGUGCAACUGACGGAUCAUGGAGCUUGCUGCCGUAUCUAUUUGCAACUUUUAUGACAUCUAAUAUCUGGUAUACAACUGCUUUCAACGUCGAAACCGGAGGCUUCAGCAACAACGUUCAUUGUUUAGCCAGGUGCAUAUGUGCAGUGAUCGCGGGAAGUGAACUCGUGAGGCUCGAAAGAGAGUAUCGACAGAAACACUCGCUUUCAAACGGACACAUCAGCGAAUCCUUGGACCCUGAGGCACCAAACUACGCUUCCAUUGAUGCAAGCAUAAAAUCCACAAUGCAGCUUUUCAUCAAAUUCUCAGCAGUAAUAAUUCUGGAUUCUUGGAGUGAAAGCAAUAGGUCCCACCUCGUGGCGAAGCUGAUCUUUCUCGAUCAAAUCUGCGAGAUCUCGCCACACAUUCCACGGAGCACGUUGGAGUCUCAUGUGCCUUACACCAUUCUUCGCUCCAUCUACAGCCAAUGCUACUCGAAUUCUUCCACUCCCUUCGCGCAAAUAAGUGGUUCGCCAAGGCAUUCUCCGGCCAUGUCCCUUGCUCACGGCUCCCCAUCGCUGAGGCAACCCCGUGGCGAUUCAUCAACUCCACUAUCCAACACACACGACUCGGGCUAUCCCAAACCGUCUUCCACCCACGGCCAAGAUCAGUAUGAGAUGGACAGUUUCGGUGCGAGAAGCAUCAAUAGCACAAAUCGGAACGUCAGGCGAUCCGGUCCCUUGGAUUACAGCCAAAGCCACAAAUCGAAAUUCGCCGGAGGGUCCACGUCAACUAGCACUGGUCCUAGUCCCUUGCCCAGAUUUGCUGUUUCGAGAUCCGGCCCUAUAUCAUAUAAAUAAAGAGAGCUGUUACAAUGGUGAAGCAAUUUUGUAUAUUUUGUACAACUUCUAUUAUUACAUUAUUUAUAUUCCUAGUUUAAGUUGUUUUUUUGCCUGUAAUAACACUUUCAAUCUUAAUGUAAAAAUAACUCUUCUUUAUGUUUUUUUUUAAUUUAAUACAUGAACAUAAAUUUAAGGGUCA